AUUGUGCAAAUGUUACACAGGCACAUUCGAAUAUACAGUAAUUUGCGCGCCUGUUUUGCCAUCAAGACCAUCAAUGAAGUCCUUCAGAUUUGGAAGAUAAUCGUCUGUUGAAAUUAGCUCGUGUGAAAUGAGAAAAAUAAAUAACUCGGGAGUUUCCGCAAAUCGUCAACAAUUUGAGUGAAAACAUUAUAAAUCACACGUGUUAAGUGAUGAUUUAUAUCGCUGGUCCAACCUAACCUCAACGAGAGGUAGUCAAUGUUCGUAGGAAGAUAGAAAAAAAGGGAAAAUUCCUUCGAAGCUGCAACAAUGAAUCUCGGCGUCACGAGGUGUAUGCUGUUGUUUCACUUGAGAACAACAAAAUUGGCGACCAAAAUACACAUGGAGAAGUACCUAAGGCACUUGAGUAGUCGGUUUUACUGCAAUGUGGACGAUAAAAACCCUUCGCCCUUGAGAAAGUCGAUGAGAGGUGACAAAGCAAAAGCUCUGCGUGCCAAAAUAAUUCAUGAAUUCAAAGAGACAAAGCAAAAAGUAGAAGAAAUUAUUGAGAGGGAGAAUAUCUGGACAAUCCCUAACUUACUCUGCAUUGGCAGGAUAAUAUCAACGCCUUGUCUGAGCUACUUGAUAGUUUCCCACGAUUAUCAGGUGGCCCUGUGGCUUCUGGGUUUCGCUGGACUAACAGACUUUAUUGAUGGCUGGAUUGCCAGGACAUGGACCUCCCAGGCGUCCAAAUUAGGUAGUUUUUUGGAUCCAAUGGCUGACAAAUUGCUCGUUGGAUCUUUAUUUUUGUCGUUGGCAUGGGUGGAGCUUAUUCCCAUGCCUCUAACUGUCCUGGUAGUGGCUAGGGACGUGGGUUUGAUCGCUGCAGCGUCAUACAUUAGAUAUCGUUCCUUACCAGCCCCUAAAACAUUGACGAGAUAUUUCGAUCCAACCCAUGCAACGGUUCAGCUAGCUCCUACAUUGACUAGUAAACUGAAUACAGCAGUUCAAUUGUCAUUAGUCGCUAGUACUUUGGCAGCUCCAGUUUUUCACUUCGUCGAUCAUCCACUACUCCAAGGCCUCUGUUAUCUAACAGCUUUUACUACAGUAGCCGGUGGUAUCAGUUAUUUGAUGUCCAAAAAUACUUAUAAAUAUCUUUCUAAAAAAAAACACUCGGAAAAUCCACCAUCGUGACAGUACACAUUGAAAUAUUAUAUUGUUGUUUAUUUUUAUGGCGAUUAAAACAUUAUAAAAGCUUAAAUAAUA